UGUCUCUUCUCUCUCUUUUUCCCCUCUCUCUCUCCUUCCUCCUCUCUGUCUCUCUGUCUGGCUCUCUCUUUCCAUUUUCCUCUCGUUUUCUGUCUCUUGUUUGGUGAUUUGGACCCGGCUGGAGGAAAGUUCUUUGGGAAGAAGUUUGGUCUUGGCAUUGGGUGUCUCUCUCUCCAGCCUGGCAUUGUCUGGGCAGCCAGAGAUCUUUGCAGGGUGACUGAAGAAGUGAUGCGUAAGGAGUGAAGAUAGAUGAUGGGAGCCCCCCCCCCUCCUCGGCUGCCCCCCCUCCUCGGCUGCCCCCCCUCCUCCUCCUCCUGAUGUGACACUCGGCUCCUCUCCUUCCAGAGUCUCACAUCUCCUGAAUCGCACCCGGCGGAGGGACAAGGACAACGAUGCAGCGACCCAGUGGGGUGGCCAGUACUUUCUCCAUUGACUCCCUGAUUGGAAGCCCACCUGCUCGGCCAGGACAUGUUCUUUACACCGGGUACCCCAUGUACAUGCCCUACAGACCCCUUGUGAUGCCUCCGUCUCCCCUCCCCCCGCUGGGACCCGUCACCCCUUUCACUGGACGCUUGAAUAACAGCUUCUGUGCCAGCUUGGGACAAGGUCUUCCAUCCAUGGUGACCAUCAGCACCGCUCUUCCCAGCUUCAGAGACUCGCCUGAUGCUCUCUACUCUCAGGAUCCUCUGGAUGGGUCCCCAGACUCUGAGGAAGGGCUACAGAGGACCCAAGAGAAAACUUCCGACACCUACACCAACCUGCCAGGAGAUGGGAAGUUGUGCAGCUCUGAUGAGGAGAAGACGGCGGGACAGUUGUCGGAGUCUGCCUGUAGCGACCACGAAGAAGACGAGACUUCUGGAGACAGCUGUGGAGAUGAAAAUCUUCAGGAUCAUGGAAACGGCCCAACAAGACCCCGAGGUAAAGGGAAGAACAGUGUGCAGGACCUCGGCAAAGACAGAGCCGGGACAGCGGGGAAAAGUCGCCGGCGCAGAACCGCCUUCACCAGCGAGCAGCUCCUGGAGCUGGAGAAGGAGUUCCAUUGUAAGAAGUACCUCUCCCUGACUGAGAGGUCUCAGAUCGCCCACACCUUGAAGCUCAGCGAGGUACAAGUCAAAAUCUGGUUCCAGAAUCGCAGAGCCAAAUGGAAACGCAUCAAAGCUGGGAAUGUCAAUAGCCGCGCAGGAGAACCAGUCCGCAACCCGAAAAUUGUGGUGCCCAUCCCUGUUCACGUUAAUCGCUUCACCAUCAGGACACAACAGAUGGAGGGAUCAAGACCGUAAUAAUGAUGAGCAGAAAAACAGGAAAGUGGGUGGAGCUAAAAACUGAAAAGUGGGUGGAGCUGGGCAAACCCAUUUCAUGGUAGACAGAGAACAAUUCCAGGACAACUUUGUCAACUUUUUGGUAUAUGGAAGCCCGUGAUGAAUGGACUAUAGGAAGGACUACCACAGAUGAUUGGGACUAUCGACCAGAGGUGGCUCUCUAAUUAGGCAGUCGCCUUAGGCCUCGCACUCACAGGGGCCCCGCGACCGGCCUAAUUUGCCUGACCCGUAUCGACUGUCAUGACCUUGACAAGAUCAUUCUAGAAUACUCAAUCUAUAACAUUUGUGUCUCCUCCGGGGAUGGACGGUCCUCCC